AAAACAACGCAAAAAGAAGCCUAAAUUGUUGUUCAGAGUUUUCCAAAUUUCCAUCUGAAGAGGGCGUCCUCCCUCCUUCCAGCUUCCCCCGAAUUGAGGGUGUGCGGAUCGAGGAAAGGAUUUGGAGCUUUUCAAACUUACCCAGAAACCCAAAUCCAGAGUCACUCACUAAGCCUUACAGCUUUCUCACGCAUCGAAAAGUGCAUACUGAACACUCACAACUAAUUAUGACUUCUUUGGAGUUGCAACCUGCUUCGUUUCCGUCUAUGGUUAAUACGGAAAUUGGUGCUGUAUUGGCGGUAAUGAGAAGAAAUGUUAGAUGGGGGACUCGUUUUACUUUUGCUGAUGAUCAACAAGAUCACAGUCUGAUACUGUCUCUUAAGACACUCAGAAAGAAAUUGUUUACAUCUCAUGCUCAUUGGCAUGACAUCGAUCCUGUCACGUAUCUCCAACCCUUUCUAAGUGUCAUUCAAUCUGAAGAAACCGGUGCUCCAAUUACAAGUGUUGCUUUGUCGUCUGUGUAUAAGAUCUUAACGCUUGAUAUUUUUGAUAUGGAAACUAUUAAUAUUCAAGAUACAAUGCAUUUGAUUGUUGAUGCUGUCACAAGCUGUCAUUUUGAGGUUACUGAUCCAGCAUCUGAAGAAGUGGUACUAAUGAAGAUACUUCAGGUUCUUUUAGCGUGUGUAAAAUGCAAAGCAGCAGUUGCAUUGAGUAAUCAACAUGUUUGCAAUAUAGUGGAUACAUGUUUCCGGGUUGUUCAGCAAACGAGCGCUAAGGGUGAGUUAUUGCAGCGUAUUGCUCGCCACUCAAUGCAUGAACUUGUCCGCUCCAUUUUUUCACGCCUUCCAGAAAUUUUAUGUCAUGAGUUGGAUAGUGGAGGCAACUUAAUUAAUCAUGAGAUCCAGCAGGUUAACAGUGAUCCCAUUUUUGUUGCUCCACAGCCUGAUUCUAAAGAUAACACUCCAACAGACAGCAAACUUACUGAGACAUGUUCUACUUCUAGUUCUUCUGCUCCCUUUGUUGAUUGUCCGAGCAAUGGAACUACAACCAUGGACACAGUGCAAUAUGAAUCACAUCUCAUGAAUCAGCAAUUUGGAGUCCCGUGUAUGGUUGAGAUACUUCAUUUCUUGUGUUCUUUGUUGAACGUUAAAGAGCAUGCAGAUAUGAAUCGGAAAUCCAAUUCUUUGGCUUUUGAUGAAGAUGUACCCCUUUUUGCCUUGGGCUUGAUUAAUUCAGCCAUUGAAUUGGGUGGAUCUUCAUUCCAGAGGCACCCAAGGUUACUAAAAUUGAUUCAAGAUAAUCUAUUCUGCAAUCUGAUGCAGUUUGGCAUGUCUAUGAGUCCGCUCAUUCUUUCUAUGGUUUGUAGCAUUGUUCUCAAUCUGUAUCAGCACUUGCGUACUAAGCUGAAACUGCAGCUCGAGGCAUUCUUUUCUUCUGUGAUUUUGAGCCUUGCACAGAGUAGAUAUGGAGCUUCAUAUCAGCAGCAGGAGGUUGCAAUGGAGGCUCUUGUUGAUUUCUGUAGGCAGAGAACAUUCAUAAUGGAGAUGUAUGCUAACUAUGAUUGCGAUCUCACCUCGAGAAAUAUAUUUGAAGAGUUGGUUAAUUUGUUAUCAAAAAGUGCAUUUCCAGUGAAUACUCCACUCUCCACAAUGCAUGUUCUUGCUUUGGAAGGCUUAGUUGCAGUGAUCCAGGGAAUGGCUGAGAGGACUGCUGAUGAACGUGUUGAUCUGGGGAACACUUCCAUCACACUUGAGGAGUAUAAACCGUUUUGGUUGUUCAAGUGUAAUGGUUAUGAGGAACCCGGACACUGGGUUCCAUUUCUUCGCCAAACAAAAUAUAUCAAGCAACGGUUGAUGGCUGGUGCCGAUCAUUUCAACCGUGACCCAAAGGAAGGAUUGGAGUUUCUUCAGAGUACACAUUUGCUGCCUGAGAAACUUGAUGCUCAAAGUGUUGCUUGUUUUCUGAGAUAUACUACUGGGUUAGAUAAGAAUCUUGUUGGAGAUUUCCUGGGAAAUCAUGAGGAAUUUUAUGUUCAGGUUCUUAAUGAAUUUGCUCAGACUUUUGAUUUUAAGGGGAUGAAUAUGGAUACUGCAUUGCGGAUCUUUUUGGAGACAUUCAGACUCCCUGGAGAGGCGCAAAAGAUACAAAGGGUGCUGGAGGCCUUCUCAGCAAGAUAUUAUGAGCAGUCGCCACAUAUCUUAGCAAACAAGGAUGCUGCACUGUUGCUGUCGUAUUCAAUUAUAUUGCUGAAUACUGAUCAGCACAACUCACAGGUGAAAAAGAAGAUGACAGAGGAGGAUUUUAUACGGAAUAAUAGGCUCAUCAAUGAUGGUAAUGAUCUGCCUCGAGAACUACUGUCCGAGUUGUACAGUUCAAUCUGUGAGAAUGAGAUACGUAUUACUCCGGAACAAGGUUCUGGUUCCUGUGAAAUUAGACUGAGUCGUUGGAUCGAUCUAAUGCAGAGAUCCCAAAACACAUCCCCUUAUAUUGCAGCGGCUUAUAAGCCGUAUCUCGAUGAUGAUAUGUUUGCUAUAGUAGCAGGCCCAGCUGUUGCUGCUAUCUCAGUCAUAUUUGAUCAUGCAGAAGAUGAGGAUGUUUACCAACUUUGCAUCGAUGGCUUUUCAGCUGCUUCCAAGAUUGCAGCAUACUUACACCAUGAUUCUGUGCUUGAUGAUAUAGUCAUCUCUCUUUGCAAGUUCACAACUCUAUUGAAUCCAUCAUAUCUUGAGGAGUUUCUUUUGGCUUAUAGUAAUGAUACGAGGGCUAGGAUAUCGACAACCACAGUGUUUACGAUUGCAAAUAGAUAUGGUGACUGUAUUGGAACAGGCUGGCAAAACAUAAUAAACUGCAUCUUGCGAUUUUACGAGUUUGGCUUUCUUUCUGCUUUUGCUGUCUGUGAUGCUGCAGAUGAACCUGCUCUUUCUGCUCUCCCAGAACAUGUAAAGCCUCUUGCAAAUACAUUAUCUUCACCUCACAUACAAAUCAGUGUUGCUCCUAAGAAACCUUCAGGGUUGAUGGGCCGCUUUAGCCAGCUCCUGUCCUUUGAGACUGAGGAGCCAAUAUCACAGCCCUCUGAAGAAGAACUUGCUGCUCGGCUGUGCACCCAAGAGAUAGUUCAGAAGUGUCAAAUCAAUAACAUCUUUACUGAGAGCAAAUUUUUGCAAGCUGAUUCCUUGAUGCAUCUGGUACGUGCAAUUGUGGGGGCAGAACAAAUACAAGCAGAAACUGGUUAUCCUGAGGAUGAAGCUAAUGCUACUUUUUGUCUUGAGUUGUUGAUUGCUAUUACUCUGAACAACCGAGAUAGGAUCUCACUGCUAUGGCAGUCUGUCUAUGAACACAUCUCUAAUAUUGUUCAAUCAACUAUGGCUCCUUGUGCCUUGGUGGAAAAAGCUGUUUUUGGGCUUCUGAGGAUUUGUCAGCGUUUACUUCCCUAUAAAGAAAAUUUAAUAGAUGAACUUUUGAAGUCACUGCAGUUAGUUCUGAAGCUUGAUGCACGAGUUGCUGAUGCUUACUGUGAACAAAUUACUCAGGAAGUAGGACAGCUAGUGAAGACAAAUGCUAAUCGCAUUAGAUCACAAAUGGGUUGGCGUAUAAUCCUGUCUCUUCUUGCAAUUACUGCACGUCACCCGGAUGCUUCUGAAGCUGGAUUUGAAGCACUAUCGUUCAUAAUGAGUGAAGGAGCCCAUCUGCUGCCUUCAAAUUUCGUUCUUUGUGUCGAUGGAGCAAGACAAUUUGCAGAAUCUCGUGUCGGUGAAGUAGAGAGAUCUGUUCAUGCAUUGGAUCUGAUGUCAGGAGCUUUGACUUGUCUGGUUAGGUGGGCACGUGAGAGCCAGGAAGUUAUAGAUAAAGAUGAUGCUACUAUGGUUGUCCAGGAUAUAGGUGAGAUGUGGUUAAGACUUGUGCAAGGAUUGAGAAAGCUUUGUUUGGAUGAUAGAGAAGCAGUUCGGAACCACGCCCUUUCAUCUCUCCAGAAAUGCUUGAGUGGAGCGCAAGAGAUCCAUCUUUCACAGAGCUUGUGGUUACAGUGUUUCGAUGUGGUUGUAUUUCCAAUGCUAAACGACUUUGUUGAAAUUGUACAAGGGCAGUCUUCAAAAACAUACAAAAACAUGGAAGCCAUGUUAGUAGUUGCAAUCAAGCUCCUAUCUAAAGUGUUUUUACUCUCCAUUAAUGAAGUUAUGCAGUUGCCAACAUUCUGUGAGCUAUGGAUGACUGUUUUAAGACAGAUGGAAACUUAUAUGAAGGUCAAAAUUAGAGGGAAGAAGAGCGAGAAGCUUCAGGAACUAGUUCCGGAACUCCUAAAAAACUCUCUGCUUAUAAUGAAGACGAGGGGAGUGCUUAGACCAGAAAGUGGAUCAGAUGGAGAUAGCUUAUGGGAAUUGACAUGGUCACAUGUGAAUAAAAUUGUACCAUCCUUACAAGCUGAAGUGUAUUCAGAGGCUGAUUUAGAUAGAGGGCAGCAUAAUCAGGGAAAUAAAGAAGCCUCUACUUGCGUAGUUCUUCCCCCAAGCAAACCCGUGGCUUUAGAAGGUUAGGUUGACAUGGCAUGACCUAACUGUCAAUUUUUAUCAUAGUCACGGAACAGAAACGGAAACAUAAUUGAAGAAGCUUUCUUUGUGCUGAAUUUUUGAGCUGGUACGAAGUGCUUCACUAAAUCACCUCACUGAUGAAAAAUUGUGGUCUGGAAUUGGACUAAUCUGGUUUGAAGUUGGUGGGUACAGAUGCAAAGAUAGAUCGUAAGCUCAGUCACUUCAGUUGUAUUCGUUGUGUACUCGUAUUUGAUCUUGUGGUUAGUAUUCAUUUAGCUGUUCAUCUUUCACAUUAUACUUACUGUGUAAAUAUAGGAGUUAUUGGCAGGCAUUGCGACUUCGGUGCAGGCCUAUCUUCCACAGAUCACCAGGCAAUGAGGGAUAGUAAUAUACUUCCAUUUCUUCAUAGUCGUUCCUUUGCAAGGUCAAGUCAUUAAGUUGUAUUUUAUGCACAUAGUUCAAUACUCAAGUUUUCCCGUGCAUUUGUUAUAUAGAGCGACAUUGCUAUUUGGUACUAUGUGUUAGGGGAAGUGGAUGGGGAGAAACAUGUAUGUCAUUGGUACUAUCCUACUAAGUGUUGAUUUUCAAUUUCAUUAAUUAGUCGUCCUACAUUCGUACU